GUGCACUGGGAGGUCUUUUCUCGAGUUCACGUGGCAGGGGGGUCGGACUGCGGAUCUUUCCUGUGCGGCGGCGGCGGCCAGAGAGUGAGAGUACGAAGUGUUGCAACCCGAGUCAUGGCAGGACAGGCAUUUAGAAAGUUUCUUCCCCUCUUUGACCGAGUAUUAGUUGAAAGAAGUGCAGCCGAAGUUGUAACCAAAGGAGGCAUUAUGAUUCCGGAAAAAUCAAAAGGAAAAGUAUUGCAAGCGAUGGUAGUAGCUGUUGGAUCAGGCUCUAAAGGAAAGGGUGGAGAGGUUCAACCAGUUAGUGUGAAAGUUGGAGAUAAAGUUCUUCUCCCAGAAUAUGGAGGCACCAAAGUAGUUCUAGAUGACAAGGAUUAUUUCUUAUUUAGAGAUGGUGACAUUCUUGGAAAAUACGUCGACUAAAAUAAGUCACUAUUGAAAUGGCAUCACGUGAAGCUGCCACUGAAGUUCUGAAAUCUUUCAUCAUGUAAAUAAUUUCCAUGUUUCUUUUAUAAUAAAGUAAUGAUAUUCAGUGUCUCUGAA